CGUUUCUUUAAUAGUUCUUUAAAGUAUCUUCUCUGACAUCUCUAAUAUUUUAACACUACUUUUACACUUCUGACAUUGGACUAAUCAGCCAUAUUCAAAAGAAGAUGUUUCAGAAGUGUUUGGCGUUUCUCAUAAUUUAUCUCGUCACUGAAAUGUCUUUGACACUCUUGUUGCCAAGUGAACGAGAGGACGUGAUGGGAAAGUACUGGUUUAUGAACAGAUAUCAGUGUGAACGACUUUGUUGGUACCGGAAACUGUGUAAGACCUACUCUUACAUCUACAACAGGACCCUGGCCACUGAUGGUAACUGUGUUCUACACGCUGACAACAUCUCUACAAACACAACAAGCGGGGUUUCUACAGCCUGGAUUGAAAGGGAAGCUUUCUGGGACACUGAACUCCAGGACAACGGGUGUCGUAGCCGACCCUGUAAUGAAACUCAGGUGUGUGUGCCCACCUUUGACCCUCCCUUCUACACAUGCCUGCCGUUUCCUGCAGAAUGCCAAGCGCCCUCACGAGAUGACGGUGUCUACAGUGAUGUGACGCUACUCCAGGGUCAAAGGACAAACUUCACGUGCAGCUCGUCUCGUCAUGCCGACAAUACGGUCACGUGUCAAGUAAACGGAAAGUACAGCGACCCCAAAGGAAAUUGUAAAAUCGCCAUCUACCACUCACCGAGCGUUCCCUUCAAUGCCCCGUUACCAGAAGUCGUCAGAGAAGGAUGGGAGGCUUGUAUCAAAGGUAUUUUUCUCCCCAUCAACUAUGGAAGGAUGACUUUCAACUUUCACGAUGUUCCGGCCGCCUCGUGUGAUUACAAUCGCACUAAUGGUGGGAACGUCUACCUGUCACUGGAGUUCUUUUACUCCCUUGAUGGAACAUAUCGCGAUAUGUGGUUUUUGCGUGGUAUGAAUAACUGUACUUGGCAGUUUUUUAAAAGGAUACCAGGAUCUGUUCCACUAAAGUCCAACGUUUACUUUGAAACUACUCUGAGGAUCUUGUUCAACAACACAUUACAGAUUAUCUUCAAAAAUAUUACGACCUUUCAAAUCAACCUUGGGUCAAACAACAUAAACAUGACAGGCGCCACCUACCUGGAAAUCAUACGAGAUGUCCGACUUACUUACGUGGACCUUGGCAAAGGCUGCGAGUGACUCACUAACAUCUGAGUCAAGACUUCAAAGAAAAGGAAUCUGUAGAAUAUUUUAGCGACAGUUCCUGAUUCACUGUUUGUGUUUUGCUUACUACCAGAAAAUAUCUGCCUGUAAGCAAACGACAAACAAAACAGCUCGACAUCUGAGUUUAUAAACGUAGCUUCUAGCGACAGUCAUAUUUUGUGGAAAAAAAACUCCGUGUAUCUCUGUGUAAUGGAUCACCAAUCGUCACUUAUUGACUGUACGAAAUCGAAAAACACACACUGGCACUGCACAGUUCUUUUAUCCUUAACUCCUUACAUUCAGGAAUUCCUGUGUAUCUUGUCACUUUAAGGCGAUGGAGUGUCCCAGUGUAUAAUUAUUUCUACCAAAUUAUUAUUGCUAUGGAUUCCACGUUCACAAUUUUCUCUGUUGGACACUAACACACAACUUUGCAUAAAAUUGUUACCUUUCGUCUCCACGUUUUACUGUGUAUAUUUUUAUGACAGUUAAAAUGCAUUUAGUCAUUUUCACUCAUCCACUUCUUUGGUAUGUACUGAAAACAAAAACAAUCCACUAGCAAUUACAAAAUAGCAGCUCACUCGUAAACAGUUUAGUACUGAUCUGUGUCGUUUCCUCAUUAAACUUUCAGCACCUCAAUGCCAUUUAUUAACAAAAUUUCGUAGUGAGAUGAAUUGUUUUCAUUCCUGUUUGUAAACUUUUUUCAAUAAAAUGAUGUGUAAAAACGCUUGUCAGCAUUCUAUAUCUAUUGAAAUAUUUAUAAAUCAUUGCGUGUGUGCAUCAUUUUCGCGGAUAUUCAAGACGAUUAAACCGUGACGAUGUUUUUGUUUCAACGGCGCUGCAAGCACUGAAGCAAAAUACUCAUAUUGACUUGCUGAGUGCUGCACCAUGACGUUCAGACCAAAGAGCUGGAGAGACCUUUUGGUGAGAAUCGAACAACUCUCAUAUCAAUUAACUCACAGGAAACACGAGGAGAUUUAAGUAAACGAAAUUCAAGGUAUCUGCAGCAGACAUCAAUAAUUAAUUUGCCUGAGUUGCUUCUAUUUCGUGACGAUGUUUAUGUCCUUAGAUAUAAUGUUCUAAGUAGCUGCUCAGGGCCGUCGUUAGCGAUCAGACAAAACACAUACAUGUCUUUUAAUUGAUGAACAAUACCUUUGUGUGGCCAGGUACUCAAGCACGGCUAGGGAUGGUAACGGUAGACUGCGCUUCUUGUUCGUCAUUAAAUGAAAGUAGUUCACUGCAGCCAAACUAUAGACUGGGAAUUGAGACUGGGAAUUGAGAGAACUCGGAGACAGCUUUGAAACAGCAUUGAAAUAGCUCGGGGAGAAGCUUUUGGAUGGUACGUGACGGGAUGCAUGUAGGAGCAGAAAAAGCAGACCUUAAGGGAUCAGCAAAACAACCCAAAAAAACAACCAACAUUAAGUUCUGUUGUCUGCCCCAACCGAUGAUGGACCUGUACUAAUUCCUUCAUUUUGUCGCUCAUUUAGAAAUUUAUUUGAUGACCACGUAUGCUUAAAGAUUGAAGUCACGUUCUUUUGUUAAUUGGUAAAUGGUUGAACCCUCUUUUUAUUUCUUGUUUCAUCUACAUUGUUUUGGGCUCCGUUGCUAGAAAUUUUAGACAUGUUUUGUAUGAUACUGACUAAUAAUGUUUGAAGCUUACGUUGGUCCAAAUGUGGCGCCUGUCGGCCCGCAGUGGACCUUCUUCAUUGUGCAAUAACUUGCUCGCCGUUGGCGUUUACCGUUAACUGUUCUCAGCGUGUGCGGACUUU